CCAAUAACCACACAUACCUCGCUGAAGAAAAAAAAAUAUCGUCUCUCUUCAGCAAUGCUACUCCUCGCUGCCUCGCCGGCGCCGGCCGCCGCUCGCCGUGGCAUGGUCGGUGGAUCAGCCCCCCGCGUGCGUUGCUCGAGCCUGCGGGAGCUGGAGAGGUCGCCGAGCCCACGGCCGGGCGCGGGGCUGCCGCCGCUGCGGGAGGCGAAGCGGGUGGUGCUGGUGCGGCACGGGCAGAGCACGUGGAACGCGGAGGGGCGGAUCCAGGGGAGCUCCGACAUCUCCGUGCUCACGCCCAAGGGCGAGUCCCAGGCCGAGACCUCCCGCCUCAUGCUCCUCUCCGACUCCUUCGACGCCUGCUUCACCAGCCCGCUCGCCCGCUCCCGCCGCACCGCCGAGAUCAUCUGGGCGGACCGUGGUGAGGAUCUCAUCCCGGAUUCCGACCUCCGCGAGAUCGAUCUCUAUUCUUUCCAGGGACUGUUGAAGCAUGAAGGAAAGGAGAGGUAUGGAGUUCUCUACCGGCAAUGGCAGAAGAAUGCAGCAAACUUCAGCAUUGAUGGCCACUACCCAGUGCGGGAGCUCUGGGACCGCGCUCAGAACUGCUGGGAGAGGAUCCUGGCGCACGAGGGCAAGUCGGUGCUUGUUGUUGCACAUAAUGCGGUGAACCAGGCUCUUGUUGCCACUUUAUUGGGACUUGGCACAGAGUACUUUCGGGUUCUUCUCCAGAGCAAUUGUGGUGCUAGCGUGCUGGAUUUCACCCCUCAGACUGGUGGAGGGCCCCCGGCUGUAUGCCUUAACCGCUUAAAUCAGACCCCGAAUUCUCCUGUUGCCUCAGGAAGUUCUGGAGGAAGAAAGACAAGCAAGAGGAUCAUUCUAGUAUGUCAAGGAGCUACCCAGAACAGCACGGAGAUUAGUUUGGGUGGAGUGGGAUAUGCACCACUUAACAUGCUUGGGAUUAUACAGGCUCAGAAGACUGCAGAACUACUUUUAGAUCAGAAGGUGAACGGUAUUCUCUGUAGCCCACAAGUUGCAGCAGUCGAUACUGCUACCACAAUAUGCGAGGUCCAGGAGGCUGCAGAUUGCUUAGGCGCUGAUUGUGUGCCUCGUUAUGUUGACAUGAAGAAACUGCUAGAACUCGAAAUCGACGAUGCCUUUCGAAUAAAACAAAAGAGCUUUGGAGAAAUAGUUCAGUCUGGUUGGCUGGGCAGCAUGGAACACAGAACUCUGGAGGGGCUAUGGAACCAGUCGAAGGGUGCGUGGCAAGCGUUGCUAGAUGAGUUGGCAGAUGAUACUUCAGCAGAAAGAACUCUAGUGGUUGUAGGACAUCCGGGUGUCCAUCUAGCGUUGAUUUGCCAGUGCCUGGAUUUAACGAUGGACUACAUGUCAUGUUUUCAUCUGGACGAUGGCAGCGUCAGUGUAAUCGAUUUCCCAGACGGACCAAAAGGAAGAGGUGUUGUCAGAUGCACAAAUUACACAGCCCAUUUAGGAAGAUGGUCAAUACCUAUUACCAGGACCACAGAAACUGACGAAGAGUUCUAAAAUCCUGGAAGGUAACAUCCAUGUUCUGGUGUAACAUCAUUCAAGAAAACUAAGCACGCCAGUAUCUUACAAUGAUGUACAUACUACAUAGCAUCGUAAUUAAUAUCUGAAGAUCUGAUAUGUCAAUAACAUCGUUCUUUAAAAAAAAGGAAAUAUGUAGAUAACAUUUUUUGAGCUAAACAGUAGAAUCAUACUGUUUAUACGUAAAAAACAUUU